GCGCUCACCCACCGAGAAGAAGAAGCUCCAGACGUCAGUUGAAACAUGGCGUUGAACGGGAGAGCUGUCACCAGUCUACAGAGGGAAACCAGCGCUCCCACUGCCACGGUGUGUCACUGAGAGUCACACGCGGAUUAUUUACUGACAGCUGGAGCUCCACGAGACACAUUUAUCCGCAUUUCAUCCUUUUUCUGACACUUCCACGGACUCGACGAGACGUUGACGCCGAAGCUAACGUCGCAUCCAGCACCGUUACAGGUUUAGCUAACGUUCACCUGGACGGUUUGACAGCAGAAUGUGUGCCGAGCUCUGUAGCUAACCGACGGUCGUUUACACGGUGAAGGCUCGCGAGCUAUCGAUCCUGUGAAGCCUUCAGCUAUCCGGGUUAACUCCUUGUGCUCUCAGCUACCAGCCUGUAAUAACACAUCAUGAUCCAGUGAACUGUUGCUGCUUAUUGUCACUCAGGUCAGCUAAUGCUAUCAGCUUAAACUUGACUCACCGGAGCCUCGUAUGCCAAGUUCAUACUGUUUAUAUACGUAGCUACAACACGUUGAGGAAAUGUCAGACAACCAGAGCUGGAACUCGUCCGGUUCCGAGGAGGAUGCAGAGCCCAGAGAUGAGUCUGGACAUCUUGUUGGUGUCGUGGACCUGAGCGGAGUCCUCAGCAAGUGGACAAAUUACAUCCAUGGAUGGCAGGACCGUUGGGUGGUCCUGAAAAACAACACGCUGAGCUACUACAAGUCCCAGGAUGAGACAGAGUACGGCUGUCGGGGUUCCCUCUGCCUUAGCAAAGCUGUUAUCACUCCUCAUGAAUUCGACGAGUGCCGUCUGGACAUAAGCGUAAACGACAGCGUGUGGUACCUGAGAGCACAAGACCCCGAGCACAGACACCAGUGGAUCGACUCCAUCGAGCUGCACAGGAGUAUCAGAGAGGGGAGGAGAGAGAAGGGAGGAAUCCAGGGAACAAUAAUCAUCCCUCCACCACUGGCUGAUUCUGGAUAUGGCUCAGAGUCCAGUCUGCGGAGACACGGCUCCAUGCUGUCUCUCACAUCAGCCACCAGCGGCUUCUCUGCCACCUCCACAUCCUCCUUCAGGAAGGGUCACAGCCUGAGAGAGAAGCUGGCAGAGAUGGAGACCUUCAGAGAUAUCUUGUGCAGACAGGUGGACACGCUGCAGAAAUACUUUGAUAGCUGUUCAGACGCCGUGUCUAAAGAUGAGCUGCAGAGGGAUAAAAUCGUGGAGGAUGAUGAGGAUGAUUUCCCCAACACCCGGACAGAUGGAGAGUUUCUGCACAACAACAACGGCAGCAAAGAAAAAUUGUUCCAGUCCUUGAGUCCCAAGGGAAUCAAUGGCAUAGACUUUAAGGGUGAGGCCAUCACAUUCAAAGCCACCACAGCCGGGAUCUUGGCCACUCUGUCCCACUGUAUCGACCUCAUGGUGAAGAGAGAGGACAGCUGGCAGAAGAGACUGGAUAAGGAGAUGGAGAAGCGGCGAAGAAUAGAGGAAGGCUAUAAGUCAGCCCUCAAUGAGCUGAAGAAAAAGUCUCAUUUUGGAGGUCCUGAUUAUGAGGAGGGUCCAAACAGCCUCAUUAAUGAGGACGAGUUUUUCGACGCAGUCGAAGCUGCUCUGGACAGACAGGACAAAAUAGAGGAACAGUCUCAGACUGAGAAGACGAGGAUACAGAGAUCCAGCCCCGUCCCUCCUGGAGACGUCUAUUCCACCUCUGGCACACACAGAUUCUCUGAAAAGCCUCAUAGUCAGUCCACCCCUGCUCUGAUAGUCAGCACCCCUCCUCAUGAAGUCCACAGAUACAGCACAGAGGUGGAGGAGAUGGUGCAGAAUCACAUGACCUACUCCCUGCAGGAUGUUGGUGGAGAUGCCAACUGGCAGCUGGUUGUAGAGGAGGGAGAAAUGAAGGUGUACAGGAGAGAGGUGGAAGAAAAUGGAAUUGUUCUGGACCCGCUGAAGGCCACCCAUUCAGUAAAGGGGGUGACUGGUCACGAGGUCUGCCACUACUUUUGGGACACUGCCUACCGCAACGACUGGGAGACCACCAUUGAAAACUUCAAUGUUGUGGAAACGCUCUCAGACAAUGCAGUAAUUGUUUAUCAAACGCAUAAGCGGGUGUGGCCUGCAUCUCAGAGGGACGUGCUGUACCUGUCUGCCAUGAGAAAGAUUAUGGCCAACAAUGAGAAUGACCCAGACACCUGGCUGGUCUGCAACUUCUCUGUGGAUCAUGACGAAGCACAGCCAAGCAACAGGUGUGUUCGUGCCAAAAUCAACAUUGGCAUGAUCUGUCAGACCCUGGUCAGCCCACCAGAGGGAGAUAAGGAGAUCAGCAGAGACAACAUCCUGUGUAAAAUCACCUACGUCGCCAAUGUGAAUCCAGGAGGCUGGGCUCCUGCCUCCGUGCUCAGGGCCGUAGCGAAGAGGGAAUACCCCAAGUUCCUCAAGCGCUUCACCUCCUACGUCCAGGAGAAAACUGCUGGCAAACCCAUCUUGUUCUGACGCUCCCACAGUGUUGAGACAUAACUGCACAUGAGGCUUUGAGGAACCAGUCUCCACAGCAGCAGAGCAGCAGUCAGUCUGAAGUUCCUCACUGGUUUUCUCCAUCCCAGUUCUUUGCUCCGUUAGUUCCAGUAGGGGAGGGAGGGUGAUAAUGGUGCCCUCUGGUGGCUGCAUUAAAACAUCUCUGAGAUACAUUCAUACUGUAUGAAUGAUUAUUCCAGUCAAUUGAAACCUGGCAGUGAUAUCGUCAUUUAUCAUAAUCAUUCCAAGAGAAAUUAAUAUUUGUUUUUCCCCUUCUUCGUGAUUUAAUUGAUAAAAUACUAAAUUAGAAAACCUCAGUAAGAGUCUCAGGAGAUGAAUGCACCCAGCAGUCGGCCCAGUCCACCUUCCCUCCCUGUGACCGUUCUUGCAGCAGCUCCUGACGCCAUCGUUCACGCUCAUGUAGAAGACUGACUCGUCUCUCUUUCUUACAGAUAUAUUAAUAUAUAAAUGUAUGUAUGUUCUAUAAGAAGUUUGUAAAAAAGAAACAAACAGAUCUUUGCUAAUAGACUGAAAUAUUUUAUUCUCGCCAUUUAUAGUUCCUACUUUCUGUUGGUCCGUUCCCAUAAUUAGUAAGCUUUCUUUUUAAGCUGCUAACUUUUGCUAGUAAAACAUCACUGAUUGGUUAAGUCCCGAGGGCCGUCAUCAACUCGUGACCCCUAUGAUGUAAGACUUGACCUCUCUGACUCCGUCCCUCUGAUGAAGACACCUGUCACCGGUGCUGAUGGAGGGACGAGGCGAGAGGAGUUUGUCAUAUAUUUAAUGUACAAAACAAACGUCAUGUACAUGAUUUGCCUGGCUUUAUACUUGUGUCACUGUAAAAUGUUGUCAUAGCACAUAUUUUGAUUGUUGAACGACCUGUAAAUAGUGUCACUAACAUUU